AUGGAUUACGACAUGGAAUCAGAAUACGGCGCCGAAGACGAUUUCAAUGAUGAAGAAUACUCCGACUACUCUGACGAAGACGCAUUCGCAGACGGCAUGCAACUCGAUAACCCAGACAACCACACCUCAAUGAGCAAUCGUCCAUUGGAGAAUACACAGCAAUUUUUACUUGAAUCGCACAAUGCUAGUGAUUUCUCAACCCGGGCUUCGAACCCGAAUAGCUACCCGCAUCGAAGCGAAAGGCGUCUUGCCCACCGUCCAGACAAGACAUCUCGCCCGCGAACCAAACUAACUACGGAGGAACAUGCCGCCUUGACGGUUCUCAAUGAUGAGGAGUUGUUGACCAUGUAUGCCGUGAAAUCGGGCCAAACCCUCCCUCAAACCCGUCGCCUCUUCCAAGCGAAACUCAUCGCGAACGGAGAUGCAAAUCUGGAAGAAGAACUGUUUGCCGCGAGAUUCGCCGUCCCGGCUUCGAUGGCUCAUCUUGUUCCUGUGCUUAAUAUGCAGAAUCCUCCUGUUGGACCUGGUGCGCCGGAGAGGGCGCUCGGCUUUGAUAAUACGGCAGCUUACUUGGUUCCUGCUAGGUGGAAGGUGCGUAUUGAUCAUGAUGAGGGUGGGUGGUGGGCGCCUGGGCAGAAGAAAAGGGAUGGAGGUGCUAGGCGGGGAAGGAAGAGUGGGGAGGGGUUUAGGGGGUGA